AUGUCCUCCACCUCGGACAAGCUCGCGGUCCUUUCCGCCAAGCUCGACGACCUCGCGUCGAAAGCGAACUCGAUAAGACACGAGCGAAAGAAACAAAGCGCGAAGCCGGAUGAGCUCCCGACGACUUCUACAUCGGUUUUACGAGGCCGCCGAUUGACACACGUGCCAGAUACGCCUUUACAAAGAAUACCGUAUCAUUUGAAAUAUCAUGCGCAGCGAUUCGCGGGUUUCAUGGCGAUCAAACUGAGAGAGUUUCGAGUGUUGGACAGAAGCGUGAAAAUGAUUGUUCUUUUCGUGCUUGGAUUUUUUCUCUUCGUGGGCGUGUUUGCGGUGCGCGGACACGAGGAAAGAGGGUACAUUCAUAACGACGAACGCGAGGAAUACCAAGAAGAGUACGAUAGCUCAGAAUUUGGCGACAGUCGAUUUCACAAAGCUUUGUUUCAUCCAGUCUUUCACGCGAGGCAAGUGGUGGAUUCGAUGAAGACGAACUUCGCGCGGGAUAAGUUUGAAAGCUCUCACGCCACGGAGAAGCAUCCCUAUUCGACGAAAGUGAGUUUUGAGUGUCCAGUGUUGUCGUGCGUGAAUGUAGCGUUAGCUGGAGCAGUUGGUGAUGGUAUGACGGUAAAUACGGAGACUAUACAAAACGCGUUGGAUAGUCUGACGAUGAAAGCGCAAGGAAGAACGCAGACGUUGGCGUUUCCGCCGGGAAGAUGGUUGACAGGUCCUUUAGAGUUGAAAUCGAACGUGAAGAUUGUUUUGGAUGGUCCGAGAAGUUUUCUAGAGGCGGUGAAAUCGACCGAUUUGUGGCCUAUUGACGAUUGGAAAGAGCAUCCGUCUUUACCUUCGGAUGACCCGACACCCAUUUUUCGAGCGUUUAUACACGCCUAUAAUCAAACGAACAUUGAAAUUUCCGGCGGCGGUACGAUUAACGGUCACGGUGAUUUUUGGUGGGACCGUAAGACGGACCAGAAGUAUUCACCCUCCAUGCGUAAGAAAGCGCACGUGCCGAAUUUAGUUCAUUUAGUCGGCUGCUCGGACGUGAAGAUUGAGAACAUCGUGUUGACAAACUCGCCCCAUUUUACGGUUCGGCCGCAAUAUUGCAACAAAGUGAGCGUUUCGAGAAUCCACAUCUCGAAUCCUGCGAAUUCACCGGGUACGAACGGCGUGGUUUUUGAUUCUACGUCGAACUCAUUCUUAAGAGAUUCGUUCAUUACUACCGGUGAUAAAGAAGACGCGGUGGCGAUCAAAUCCGGGAAGGAUUACCACGGCAGGAAAGCAAACGUGCCUUCGAAGAACAUUCGAGUGGAACACGUGACGAUUUUGGGCGGUCACGCCUUGUCGGUUGGAAGCGAAAUGAGCGGAGGUGUGUCGAACAUUAUCUUCUCCGAUAUUACGUUCGACGGUAGAAAUAACAAGUUUGGCGUGGGGAGCGCGAGAGUGAAAACAAUGCGCGGUCGAGGUGGUGUCGUAGACCAGAUUACGUUUCAAAACAUUCGAGGAUGGAACGCGUUAUACGCUCUGGAAUUGUACGAGUAUUAUUCGAAGCAAGACACGAAUGUAGGUCCGGUUUCCAGAGAAGAAACGCCCAUCGUAAAGAAUAUUAACUUUAAGAACGUACACAUUGAAGGUAUUAAGCGAUACGCCGGCGUGAUUGCCGGAUUACCGGAGAUGGCAGUCAGUAACUUGGUCAUCGAAAACGUUCACUUGACAAACGUGCAUAAAGGGUGGAAUUGUCACAAGUUUAAAGAGUGUAAUUGGCCAGGAGGUGGAUGUAGCUACGGGAAAGUUUCCGACGUGAAACCAGAAUUACCGGACGGAUGCGUGUUAGACCAAAGCAUGAUGCCGCACAGACAAACUGUAGGGGAUUUGUGGACCCCGGUGGUGCCCCGAACGGGCUUCCUCGGGUAA